ACCAGCUCACCCUCCGGCCCGGCUCACGCUACCGGCACAUGUUUCCGGGCGGACCUCCAGAGGCCGGCGCACAAGAUGGCGGUCUUGGCGGCCUGAGGAAGGCGGCCGCGGCUCAGCCGUGGGCUCUAGCGCGGGGCUGGAGGCCGAAGACAGACUUCGUCCAGGUGACAGGUAGUAGGGGUGGUGACGUCAGGUCUCGUGGGGUGCAACACCCGCUUGCUGCUGCCCCCGGACCCUGCCGCCACACCAGUCCUGCCCCCGGACGGAACCGAAAGAAGGUCGGGCCCGGCUGCCCCGCCCCGUCCUUCCUUCCUCCGGGGCGGUCACUGCGCGUGGCUCACUUUAGAGUUUACUUCAACCACGUGGAGCUCCCAUGGCGGCCUCUCAGGUCCUGGGGGAGAAGAUUAACAUCCUGUCGGGAGAGACUGUCAAGGCUGGGGACAGGGACCCGCUGGGGAACGACUGUCCCGAGCAAGAUAGGCUCCCCCAGCGCUCCUGGAGGCAGAAGUGCGCCUCUUACGUGCUGGCCUUGAGGCCCUGGAGCUUCAGUGCCUCACUCACGCCGGUGGCCCUGGGCAGUGCCCUGGCCUACAGAUCCCACGGUGUCCUGGAUCCCAGGCUCUUGGUGGGUUGUGCCGUGGCUGUCCUGGCUGUGCACGGGGCCGGUAAUUUGGUCAACACUUACUAUGACUUUUCCAAGGGCAUUGACCACAAAAAGAGUGAUGACAGGACACUUGUGGAUCGAAUCUUGGAGCCCCAGGAUGUUGUCCGGUUCGGAGUCUUCCUCUACACGUUGGGCUGCUUCUGUGCCGCUGGCCUCUACUACCUGUCCUCUCUGAAACUGGAACACUUGGCCCUCAUCUACUUUGGAGGCCUGUCUGGCUCCUUUCUCUACACAGGAGGAAUUGGAUUCAAAUACGUGGCUCUGGGAGACCUCAUCAUCCUCAUCACUUUUGGCCCGCUGGCUGUGAUGUUCGCCUACGCCGUCCAGGUGGGGUCCCUGGCCAUCUUCCCACUGGUCUAUGCCAUCCCCCUUGCCCUUAGCACCGAGGCCGUUCUCCAUUCCAACAACACCAGGGACAUGGAUUCCGACCGGGAGGCUGGCAUCGUCACACUGGCCAUCCUCAUCGGCCCCACGUUCUCCUACAUUCUCUACAACACGCUGCUCUUCCUGCCUUACCUGGUCUUCAGCAUCCUGGCCACGCACUGCAGCAUCAGCCUGGCGCUCCCCCUGCUCACCAUUCCCAUGGCCUUCUCCCUUGAGAGACAAUUCCGAAGCCAGGCCUUCAACAAACUGCCCCAGAGGACUGCCAAGCUCAACCUCUUGCUGGGACUUUUCUACGUGUUUGGCAUCAUUCUGGCACCAGCAGGCAGUCUGCCCAAACUUUAAGGGGACCAGUAGCUCCCCCCAUGACAUAUCCCCGUUUCUUAGAAUGUAUUGAAGUCAGAGCCUCUGAGGAAGGAAUGUGAUUUGGCGGUCAGGGUACUAAGCAUAGUGGGAACUCCCACCUUUUAAAAAUUGUUUUUGUGUUCUUAAAGAUAAUAUGUUGUUUUUCUGUUUUGUUUUUUUCCCCAUUUUAUGGGGAAUUUAAAAAUCGUUCUUGUAUUAGAAGGUGAAUUGGACGCAUGGUCCUUGUUUUAUUAAUAAUUUCCACUAGAGGGUGUUCUCAGGUCAUUUUGCAGUGAAGUUCUUCUUUGUUUAGUACAAAAUGUCUUCGGACUUUGUGAAGGAGCUGCCCAGUUUGGCCUCCUCUCCCGAAAAGGCCCUAAUAACUAGGCAGAGUGUCGUCCUGCUUUCUCGGUCUUGUAUGAUGUGGUAUGAUUGGUGUCAGGCCUCACUAACACAGGGGCUACCUGUCUCUUACUCUUAGCACCCGUGUCUUGCGGCAUGCUGCCUGAGAGAGAGUCCCUCAUUAACAGCCUGUGUGGCUGUCAGCUUUUUGCCUGCAUAGUGAUUCCGGUCUUUUGUUCCUUUCACUUAUUGCCACAGUUGAGGAAAAGUGUCAGAUUACUCUGCAGAAAGACAGUCAAGCCCGGGACUGGGAAGAAAAAAAAACCACCCUGGAGGCAAUGGAGAAGAUCACUGCUUUUGGAUAGAAAUCAGUAGGGUGGCUGUUUUCCCUUUAUUGUAUCUACCAGAGUGACAGGAAGGACUCUCAGCCCUUUCAGUAACUAUCAGGAGCCCUGAAACGGUAGAGUCGCUGCCAUCCUUGUGGGAUACUGAAAGCCCAGAGGGCUUUUCCCUCUGGAUUGCAUCUUCUGAUGUUCUCCAUGCCCACCCUCCACCUCUCCACCUCUGUGUUGUUCCCAUUUGUGUAUUUCCCAUCUGUGGAGCAAGACUAUUUGAGCAAUAGCUUAGCAGCCAGUCCGGGACAGCUGCCACUUUCCACAGAGCCACAGGAUGGGCAGAGCAGGGAUCCAGUGAAUGACUAGCCAGUGGAUAAGCAAGUCCUGACCUCUGUUCAGCCAGAGUGAUGGGCCCUAACAGUGAAGGGGCUGUGUCUUCAUCCCUGAAGACAUGUGCAGUAUUGACCCUGCCUCUCCCCGAGACUUUGUGGAAAGAUAGUUGAGGGCUUCAGUGAGGUCACACCCAGAGUGGGGCGGUUCCAGCAUUUAUCCUGGCUACGUGUCAUUGCAUUGCCUGUGAAGUGUAAUUACGAGGCCAGGAUUGCUCGGUUGCAUUUGAUCCAGGACUAAAAUAGAUUGAAAACGGUCGUCAUUGUUUUUUCUUGUGAUUAUAGCCAUUCUCGUAGGUAUUUCAAGGUCUUGGCCUGCAGAAAAUAAUGUAAGAACUAGUUCUUAAUCUUUCAGAUCCAAGCUCAUGAUGAUGUGGAACCUCGAGUUUGAAUUGAUUGACUUACUUGGAAAAAAACAUGUUUGAAAAUUGCAGCCGGGCGCGGUGGCUCAAGCCUGUAAUCCCAGCAAUUUGGGAGGCCGAGGCGGGUGGAUCAUGAGGUCAAGAGAUCGAGACCAUCCUGGUCAACGUGGUGAAACCCCGUCUCUGCUAAAAAUACAGAAAAUUAGCUGGGCAUGGUGGCACGUGCCUGUAAUCCCAGCUACUCAGGAGGCUGAGGCAGGAGAAUUGCCUGAACCCAGGAGGCGGAGGUUGCGGUGAGCCGAGAUCGCACCAUUGCACUCCAGCCGGGUAACAAGAGCGAAACUCCUUCUCAAAAAAAGAAAAAAGAAAAUGGCAAAAGUUCCUCUAAAGUUAAAUCAAAGGUGGUUUGUCUAGCAGACAGCCAGAAUCUUCUGAUGGCGGGUAGAGUCCAGGGAUAAGGAGAGAAAGAUGACCCUUCUCCCCUGUGCUUCCCAGCACCAUUUUCGUUUCAUACUAGGCUUGUGGCUUUUUGGUGCUCACAGGGGUUUUGCCUUCUGACCUCUCCUUGGAGUGGGCCAUUCUCAUGCAGGGCUCACCCUGAGGCUGGAGGACCACUGGCUCCCUGCGUCCACGCACCACGCAUGCCCUGGUGGUCACUCCCAUCCGGGCUUCCAGCUCUGCACUGUGCCCCGGUGCAGAUUUUAAUGCAUAUUUUUAUAUAUCAGUGUUCCCCAAGGCCAAAUUUGGUGCCAGGUUUUAUAUGCAGGUCACUGUAAUUUAUAUUAUGUCCCCUGCAUCAAUGAAGGUUUUCUUUAGACUUCUUAAUUAAAAAAAGAAGGAAGAAAGUGUUC